UCGCCCCAACGGGGGAAGGCAGGAGGCGUAAGUCAGGGAGAAGCGGGACGUGAGCCUCUAAACUGGCGGAAACGCACGGGACACGAGCCGCGUCCACGCGCAGCGCGAUACAAACAAGCUAGCGGAGUCCGAGCGCAACAACGAGCUCCAACAGGCGAAGUUAGCCGCGACGCUCAUACUGUAACUGGAAUAUGGUAUGGGCUGAUCUUAUCACAAAAGAAAGGACUGUCGAAGACCGCAACACUGCCAAGACCCUCAGUGUUUGGGGAUGACUCAGAUGAUGAGACCUCAGUUGGGGAGACUUUGCAAAAAGAAGCUGUCAAAAAGAAGAUGAUGAAGCAGACACGUUUGGAGAUGCAAAAGGCCCUAGAACAGGACAGCACUGUCUAUGACUAUGACGCUGUGUAUGACGACAUUCAAAAAGAAAGAAAUGACAGCAACAAAAAACUUCUAGGAGGCACUGAUAAAAAGCCAAAGUAUAUUCAGCAGUUAAUGAAGGCAGUUGAAGACCGAAAAAAAGAACAAGAACGAAGAGAGGAGAGGAAGAUCCAGAAGGAAAGAGAAGCAGAGGGAGACAAGUUUGCCGAUAAAGACGCUUACGUUACCUCUGCCUACAAGCAAAAGCUGUUGGAGCAAAAGGAGGAGCAGGAGAGAGAAAGAAGAGAGGCAGAGAUGGAAGCUGCUUUGGAUGUGAAGAAGCAAAAAGACCUAAGCGGCUUCUACCGACACCUGCUGAAUCAGACUGUUGGAGAAGAGGCGAUACCAGAUCGAUCUGCAAACAAAGCUCCAAUCACAAAUGUUUCAAAAGAGCCCGAGCGGAUUUCACCUGUCAACUCACCUAUAUCUCAUGACAAAAAUCCAAGCUCAUCUAGUGACAGUGAGGAUGGCCCUGAGCAGAAGUUUGGGUUUAGCAAGCCUGGAACAGGGUCUACACAUUUGAAACGGCAGUACAGACAGAGGUCCCCUUCAUCAGGGAGUGAAGAGGACAAAGAGAAAGAAAAAGAAGAGAGAGACAGACAUAAAAAGAGUCACAGGGAUAAAGGGCGGGACAGAGACAGGGGAAGGGAAAAGGAUGACAGACAUGGUGGAAGAAGAGAGGACAGGGAUAGACGAAAAGACCGGGACCGAGGCAAAGACAGGGACAGAGAGAGAGAUGAGGAUAGAAGUAGAGGCAGAGCAGAUACAGAGAGGGAAAGCAGGCAUGGGAAGAGGGACAGGAGCCCUAGAGAAAGAGAGAGGGACAGGAGCCCUAGAGAAAGAGAGAGGGACAGGAAUGGAGAAAGAGAGAAGAGGCGGCAUCCAGUCGAGGACAAGCGGAGGGACAAAGAUCAGGAAGACGAGAAGGAAGGAAGGAAAGAACCAGAGAAGACGACAGUGAAGGAAGAAAAAGAUGCAGAAAAGAAAGAAGACACUGAAGUACAGGAAAAGGAAAAAGCAAGUGAAGAGAAAGAGGAGGAAACGGGCAACAAGUUUGCAAAGCGCAGCACAGAUCAGACUGUGUGUUCAGCACGAGAGAGGUACAUGGCCAGACAGAUGGCGCGCUCAGCCUGUAAGAGCUACAUCGAGAAGGAGGAGGACUGAGCUCUGACAGACAGCCAUGGAUUCGACACAGCCUUUCCUGUUACUUUGAUCCUAAUGUGUUUUUCCUGCAAAUUCCAUUAGAACAAGACUCUUCCCUGUCUUAAUCGGUUCUGUCAGAUCCUACUCAUGUAGCAUGUUAAAGAUGACCAAUAUAAAUAGUUUGAUUAAUCCCCCCCCCGUGACUGUUUCUUAAAAUGACCGGAUACUACAGCUUUUUAACAAACCAUUCUCUAUCAGGGUUAAAUACUUCUCAUGGACUAGUUUUAGCUGGAGUUGACAUUAGUCUUUAGUGCCUGUGUCACUAAUGAGAAACAUCCCACCCACCACUCUGUGCUUUUAGGGGCCAGUCAAUGGCAAUGGAAUGAGUCUUGAAACCUUAAUAGUACAGACAACUAUCUAACGCUACAGCAGGAACAAUCAAGCACCAUCAUGAAGAUCAAGUGACAAGACCAAUACAGGAAUAUUUUUGGUGGCAUGUAAAUUUGUUCUCAUUUCCUAUAAAACUGUAUAUAAAAAAAGUUUACUUCUUGCUAUAAUCAGUUAUCAGUGCACUUAAGCUUUGCUCAAAGGCAGUGGCAAGAUAUUUAUUGUCAUGUUUCUGAUCUUCACUUCUUUGCUUGGGGUUAAAAUGUACAAAAAUAAAGACUUCAGAUCACAA